CACAACAGGGUAGUUCGCCUUCUAUAUAUGCUGACGUCGGGAACUCGGAAAAAUAGUUAGCUAUGCUUCCCAUGUCAGAUGGCAGACCGAGGUAGCGGCUCGAUGUUGUAGGGCAAAUAUCGAGAACAACAUAGCAGUAUUAUUACAUUUCUCAACACAAUUAUCGGCACAGCGUCCACAUAUUACCAUUUCAAAUAGGAAAAAAAGCAAGUUCCCAUCUAGUUUGCUGGUGUAUUAAAUGGAGGAGAAGAAGGAAGACGGAGACUCGGAGAUACAAGAACACGGACCCGAGCACUGGUUCUCAAAAUGGGAGCGGCAGUGCUUGGCCGAGGCGGAGCAGCGGGAGCUGAGCGAGGAGGAGGCCGACACCGACCAGGAGAAACUGUGGACUCUCUUCCAGAACUCCGCCACCGCCGUGGCUCAGUUAUAUAAAGAUAGGGUAUGCCAUCAGCAGGGCCUGUCAUUGUGGGUGCCAUUUCAGAAUGCUGCUACAGCAGUAACCAACCUGUACAAAGAGAGUGUGGAGGCCCAUCAGAGAAGUUUUGAUCGGGGUAUUCAGAUUGGCCACCAACGUCGUAACAAGGAUAUGUUGGCCUGGGUAAAAAAGCGUCGAAGAACCAUCCGGAGGGAGGACCUUAUCAGCUUUCUGUGUGGGAAAGCACCACCACAUAGAAGUAGCAGAACCAACUCUAGGCUGGCCAUGGUGGCCCCCAGCCGGGCUAAUUCACCAGCUGAGACUGGCUCAUCUGUGGAAGCAGACCUGCAGCCCUUCAGGGAGGCCAUAGCACUGCAUGGCUUGAGUGGCGCCAUGGCAAGUAUCAGUGUGCGUUCUGGUGCUCCAGGUUCUCCUACGCAUGUGAGUGGGAGCAGCAGCAAUGCAGGUGGUGCAAGUGGAGGUGGUUCCUCUGGCUCUGGGCCAGUGUGCCGCAGCAGGCGUAAUGGGCUCCAAGAUGUUGAUCUGAACACUUUCAUCGCUGAGGAGAUGGCUUUGCAUCUGGACUCUACAGGCUCAGCCUCUGCUGGAGGGGGAGGGACCAGGAAACGAAACUCCACCCAGUGUAGUGAUGUCAUUACAGACUCCCCUACGCACAAACGUAACAGGAUGAUCUGAUCUGAUACCUGCUUAUGUGUAAGGGGUGGGGUGGGUAGUCUUCAAAGGCAAGGCCAGGCAAGGGUGAUGGAUGGGCUUAUGUGGUACAGAUGUGUGGGUUAAAAAUGAAAACGGGGCCUUGAUGCUUCUCAGUUGGGGUUGUUCAAUUGAAUGAAUUGUCUCCUUUCCCAACACUAAGUGCAAAUCACUGAUCCACAAUCAGAGCAAUGAGUGUUUGUGUUUGUGUGAGUGGGUGGCUAGAAAGUCCGGACAACAUCACACAUUCCUCAGACCUCGCUAUACCCCGGAAAGGAGACGAUAAAGAAGGUCACUAACUAAAUCUUGGAUGCAGACAGUUCUCAAGGAGUGAAAACGGAACGUGCUGCUCAACAAGAGAAAGCCACUUAAUCUUUGACACAUUUGUCCCCUCCCUUUACGUCACUCAUUCUCACCCACCACCUUAAUAAGGAAGUGAGGGCCAUGAUCAAAUAUUUCACUCAGUGGAGUUGCUCGCCAAAUGUUGAACCUAACUUUGUCAGAGACUCGCACUUCGUUGUCUGUGACUUCUCUAAAAAGAUGUUGCCUAUCCGUGGUAGAGCUAAUUCACCUAGUGGCACAUGUAAGGCGUGACCCAGUAUCAUCUGACACCUGUAACCAGUUACGUACCUCUGGCUACUAGGUUAAUGUCAUUUAACUACCAAUAGCAAGCUGUUAAUGUUUGAAUAUUCAGAACAUGUUCUCUGCUUUACUACUCUGCUUCAUUCGCUGCUUGACCUACUGUUGUCACUUUUUUUUUCUUUUUUUUCUUUUUUUCCUUUCUUUUUCUUUUCCUUACUUCUGCAAUCACCAGUGUUACAUUUGUAGGUUUGUUGCAACUGUUGACUGCAACAAUAGCCAAGUUAAUUUUACUUAAUUUUCUCACUUAGCUCUUUUGUUGUUCAGGAUAACAAUGAGGAAAUCUUGUUCGUAUACAGCUUCUCAGAUGGCCCACUUGCUGACUGUGAUGCCCUCUGCCCCUUCCCCCUCGUGAAAGCAGCUGCUGUUUUAUGUGGUCGUGUGAUGAUUCUGAUGAGUUGCAAUAAGUAUUUUUGCACUUAGCUUUCACCUCUAACUCAUGCAAACAAAUCGGCUCUUCCAUUGUAUAACACUUGUAGCCUUUCCAGCCCUGAUCAGGCCCACUUGUUUAAGUGCUUAGAAAAAGUAAAAUACUUGAUUCCAUUAAUUGUUCAAAAGUAUUUGACCUUUUCUUUUUUUUGAGCAUUUAUGGGUGUCCAGUUAACAAAUAUUUGGACACUUAGUCCUUCCUUGUUUGACAAAUUAUUUAACUUAUUGGAAAAUAAAUAAUGCCACAAAAAAAUAGAGUUCUGAAAUCCCACAAAUGUUUUUACAACAUUGGCCAGCUACCCAGCGUACAAAACACUCUAUCAACCCAAGAGUUUCAGAUUUGGUCCACUAUCUGCUUCAUGUGACUGGGGUGUAUGCAUUAAUAAAAUACGAAUGGGUAUAAUUAUAUUCCUGGUACAUGAUGUUUCACUCAUACAAUGGCUGUAGCCUUCCAUCCUAAAGUGAGGGAUCACAGUAAGGGACUGAUCCAAAAAAAUAAAUAAUAUAAUUUGGGUAUAUUUGGCAAUCAUAAACAUGGACUGGUUUUGUACAGAUUUUCUUUAGGCAUGUUUUUAGGUUAUCAACAAAAGAUUAUUGGAGCUAAACCUGAACUUGUGGGUGUAGUAGUUACAAUAUCUAAUACAGUCAGUGUUGUUUUAAAUGAAAUUUUGAGCUGUCGAGAUAAUAAACCAGCCAGAAAUAUGUCCACUAACGGCUGCAGUAUUGAGCUGUCGUCGAUCAUUCUGCAGUGGAAGAGUCAUGUCUGUAAUACCCAGAGAAACUGACCUCUGAGGAAAUAAUGUUUUCUUAUUUCCCCAACACGAUGGUUUGUUCAUUCUAUUUUGUCUUUUAUGUCCUGGAAAGUGAGCUUUCUUUAUUAGUUCAAAACUUGACAGUUUCUGUUACACUUUUGUCACUGAUUUCAGUUUUCUUUUUUUUUUUUCUAAACUAUAAGUUGCCAUUUAUAUUCAAACGUGAUUGUGGGCUUGUUAUUGAAACAUUUCUGUCAAAAUAAAAGUUCUGCAUCUGGA